AUGCCUCGUCUGCACCCUCGUGUUUUGCACCAAGCGCACAAGAGUGACACGUUGCUGCCGUUGGUGCUGCGAGCCACUCGAGAUCUUACAUCGGCGAAGAACGAACUACGGUGGCUGAGGGACUUCGUUGCCGAGCCACAGCGCAACACUGGGAACAUCCUCGACAACUGGGCUGCACGACGAAAACUCCGACAGCUAUGCGUUGAAAGGGCUAAGGGCAAGCCUUUACAAUAUAUCAUGGGGACCGAGUAUUUCGGUGAUCUAGAAAUUGCCUGUAAGCCAGGCGUUCUGAUACCAAGGCAAGAGACAGCUGCUUCUGUAACACACCUGAUGGAGCGACUACAAAAGAGCAAACUACUCCCUGAGCAUGUGAAGCUCUUGGAUCUAUGCACCGGUACUGGAUGUAUACCGCUGCUGGCGAGCUACGAGCUCGUGCAGAAGUAUUCUAGAAAGGGGCGGCUCGAAGCGGUUGGUGUUGAUAUCUCUUCCCGCGCUUUGAGCCUCGCCGAAAGAAAUCUUAGACGACUAAGCCAAGAUGGAACAAUACGGAUAGAGCCUCCAAGCUCAUCAUUGAGUUUCAUCCGAGCAGACAUACUCGCUGAGGCCGACCACAACCCGAGCGACUGUGUAUCAUUGAUGACCGCGCUACAGCUGUACGAGGAAACCCAACAAAGCAAUGACCCAACAGCAGAUCGCAAAGGUGGCUGGGAUAUUCUCAUCUCAAACCCGCCAUAUAUCUCGCCUAGUGCUUUCAAUCGCACUACAACUCGAUCGGUAAAGAGAUACGAGCCGAAGCUCGCUCUUGUUCCCAAGGACGCAGAUGCAUCGCAAUAUCCGGGCAUCGACCCUGGAGAUAUCUUCUACCCUCGACUGCUAGAGAUCGCCAAACAAGUGGACGCUCGGGUUGUACUCUUCGAAGUAGCAGAUCUCGAGCAAGCGGGUAGGGUCGCUGCCAUGGCACAGCAACAAAACAUCUGGACUGUGAUUGAGGUAUGGCGGGAUAACCCAUCUCAAGCUGACGAUUAUGGCGGCUCAGAACAGACGUCAGUUGCUACUGGAAUCAAGGUGCUAGGCAGAGGAAACGGACGCUCUGUCUUUGCCUACCGAGGUGGUGCGAAAGCAUGAUUUAAUCACAUCAACGUCUGAGGAGUCGUGCGUGUGCUCUCAAGAUGCUCUGUAUACUCUCUCGUUGAAUUCGAAUUAUUUUACCAGAGGCUCAGACGUUCCUGUUACAUUACCAUCUCAGACAGGGUCGCCAAAGUAUACACAGAUUACGCCUCGAACGCCACAAAAGUCUAAAUCUGGCAUGAACUGCAGGACCGUUAAGCGAACUUUCGUAUCUUGAACUUCAUGGUUGGCCGCGAGAUAUUCUCCUUUGGACGCACCAUCGCUCACGCCACAUCCCACAAUGGGAUUGUUCUCGUCUCAGAAAGUAGGCAGUGAUACGAUUGAGAGAGCCGAAUACAUUGCUCUGCCAUCGAUUGAAGGGUCACUGCCUAC